CCAUCUGGGCACACCUCUACACCUGCAUGUUGGGUGUUGAUAUAAAAGCCAUCACUUCCGUCAAAUGAAUAAUCCAGUCUGUCGCUCAGCAUCCACUGGUCUUGUCGAGCCCCACGCUGUAAGUCCGACCUUGGGUCUUGAGAGAUGGCGAUGGUGGUGGUCCAGAAUCCGGCCCCUGUGAUGCAGCCCCCGGUCAUGAUGGUGCAACAGCCGGCCUCUCCAACGGUGGUGAUGAUGCAGCAACCGGCAACGACGCAUGUGGUGAUGCAACAGCAGCAGUCCCAGCAGCCAGAAGUGGUUUGCAAAGCCAAACUGGGUGGAAAGCCAACCAUCACCGCUUGUAACAGCUGCAAACAGCGCAUGCAGACCAGAGUUCUCUAUAAGGUUGGCUGGUUUUCUUGGGCCAUGGCAAUCCUCCUCUGCUUUAUUGGGUUGUUCUGGGGCCCAUGUCUCAUCGCUUUUUUCUGGAGUAAAUGCAAGGAUGCCCACCAUUACUGCACCUCCUGUAACGCCAAGCUGGAUGUCCACAAGCCCUGCUGCUGAUAACACGCACACACACACGCACGCAACCUCGCAGGCACGCACACACACACGCACGCACGCACGCACGCACGCACGCACGCACGCACGCACGCACGCACGCAUGCACGCACACAACUGGCAUAAUCCGCUGUGUAAUAGUAAUUUGAACACAUCAGCACCCCUGACCCACUUACACCAAAACUUACACAAAAGCACAUGGACGCACCAACGUUACUAAUGUAUUUUCCCCUUUACUAGCUGCACCUGUUCAAAUAUCAUACAUUUGAAUUCACAAGCUUUUUUGUGUAUUAUACAGUACAUCCUGUCAUUUUUAAUUAAAUUGCUUACUACAUUGCUAAAUGCAGUGGUGUGUGUUU